AUGGCCAUCUCGAUCUAUGAUGAGAAGAAGAAUUUAUUUGAAGUAAGAGACAACAUCCCUGAAAAAAUUGUGGAGAAAGUGGCAGGGGACAUUGAGAGUCUCCUGGCCAAGAAAGUCCAAGCUUUAAAGAGACUGGCUGAUGCAGCAGAGAAGUUUCAGAAAACCCAUCGAUGGCAAGACAACAUUAAGGUAAUGUUCUUUGAGUGGCCUCCUCUGAUCUCCCUGUCAUGGGCUCCUUUUUCUUAUUCCUUUCGUUUAACAUAAGCUUCACUAAACUGAUGUAUAUUGAGCUAAAAUUUCUGUUCUGUCUGAGAAUGCUGGCAAUUGCAGUUCCAAUACUCUAGGAAGAUAUUCUGUUUGGAAAAGCUGUCUAAUACGUUUAUCAAACA